AUGCGCCUGCACGCUGGAGGCUUGACAGACACACCCACAGAGCAGCCAAUCCCCGAGCGGUGGGGCGGGGCCUCCAUCGCGCUCCCCACCCUCCGGGCGCCUAUUGGCCAGUCUGCCUCAGUCACAACGCCGAUUGGUCGCUUGUGCCUGACAGGGCAGGUCGUCAAACCCCAGGUAGAUGACACUGAGGAUUCUGAUGAAGAAUGGACACCAAAGCAGCAAGAACUCAGAAGAAAGGAGACUGGAGUGAAGAGGUACAGUUUACGAGAAAGAAAGGGCCACGUGUACCAAGAGGUCAGCGAGCCCCAGGAUGACGACUACCUCUAUUGUGAGGACUGUCAGAACUUCUUCAUCGACAGCUGUGCUGCCCAUGGGCCCCCAACCUUUGUAAAGGACUGUGCAGUGGAAAAGGGGCAUGCCAACCGCUCAGCUCUCACGCUGCCCCCUGGGUUAAGCAUCAGACUGUCGGGCAUCCCUGACGCUGGGCUUGGAGUGUGGAACGAGGCGUCCGAUCUGCCGCUGGGCCUGCACUUUGGCCCCUAUGAGGGCCAGAUCACAGACGAUGAAGAGGCCGCCAAGAGUGGAUACGCCUGGCAGAUCACCAAAGGGAGGAACUGCUACGAGUAUGUGGAUGGAAAGGACACGUCUUGGGCCAACUGGAUGAGGUAUGUGAACUGUGCCCGGGACGACGAGGAGCAGAACCUGGUGGCCUUCCAGUAUCACGGGCAGAUCUUCUACCGAACCUGCCAGGUGGUCAGGCCGGGCUGUGAGCUGCUGGUCUGGUACGGGGACGAGUACGGCCAGGACCUUGGCAUCAAGCGGGACAGCCGGGGGAAGAGUGAGCUCGCAACCGGGAGAGAACCGAAGCCCAAGAUCCACCCAUGUGCCUUCUGCUCUCUGGCCUUCCCCAGUCAGAAAUUCCUCAGCCAACACACCCAACAGAGUCACCCCUCUCAGACCCUCCUGAGACCAUCUGAAAGAGACCUCCUCCAACCAGAGGAUCCCUGCCCAGGCAAUCAAAAUCAGCGAUAUUCAGAUCCACACAGCCCAAGCGAAAAACCUGAGGGUCAGGAGGCCAAGGACAGAGAAUGA